AUGUUGUUCGCGCGACUCCCUGCUGCGGCCUGUCGCAGGAAGUUCUGCACAGCCCCUAAAUGGAGCCUGUCGACACGAAAUCGCGGAUUACUUACUCUCGCCAUCGAGACAUCCUGCGAUGACACGUCGGUUGCGAUCGUCGAAAAGAAGACCGGGCCCUCGGGUGCGACUGCAAAGACCCAUUUCCUCGAGAACGUGACGGCAAACACGACCUCGUAUCGCGGCGUUCAUCCCAUCGUUGCCCUCGAAUCGCAUCAAGAGAACAUCGCCAAACUGGUCAACAAGGCCCUGGCACAUCUACCUGAACCGUCGGGUACACAUGGAGGACACCAAUUACUACACCUUUCUGAUAAUCCCACGCCACGUCGCAAACCCGACUUUGUGUCGGUCACCAGGGGACCCGGGAUGCGAGCUAACUUGUUCGUCGGGUUGGACACGGGCAAGGCGCUCUCGGUUGCGUGGCAGGUUCCCUUUGUCGGGGUCCAUCACAUGCAGGCUCAUCUGCUAACACCGCGUCUGGUGUCCUGUUUGGAGCGCGCUCAGAUUGACACCCCGGACACUGGCUCGCCUACGCCUCCGACUCCUGAGUUCCCGUUCCUCUCGAUCCUCGUCUCCGGCGGACAUUCGAUCCUCGUCAAGUCGUCUUCCAUCACAGACCAUGAGAUCAUGGCGUCGAGCUCCGACGUAGCGAUCGGCGACUCGCUCGACAAGACGGCUCGCGACAUUCUUCCCGAGUCUCUGCUCCAGAGUGCGAACACCACCAUGUACGGCAAGCUGCUGGAACAAUUUGCCUUUCCGAACGGCAGCAUCGACUACGCCGACUACCGUCCCCCGAUGACGCGUGGCGAGGAGAUUGCUACACGCCCAACUCCCUGGGGCUGGUACCUCACCGCUCCGUUUGCCAACACCCGGAAGCUCGAAUUCAGUUUCUCGUCCAUCGCAUCGUCAAUCACCAGAAUCACAUCUGCGAAAGCCAAGGCCGGCGAAACCAUGGGCCACGAAGAGCGUGUCGCUAUGGCGCGCGUGACGAUGCGCGUCUGUUUCGAGCACCUUGCCUCCCGCACCGUCAUCGCUCUCGAAGCGCUCCGUCAACAGAGGUCUGGCGACGAGGUGAAAACCCUCGUGGUCAGCGGCGGUGUCGCGGCGAAUCGCUUCCUGAUGACCGUGUUGCGCUCGUUCCUUGAUGUCCGCGGGUUCGGACAUGUCGGUAUCGUUGCGCCGCCGCCGGCCUUGUGUACUGAUAAUGCUGCUAUGAUCGGAUGGGCGGGCAUCGAGAUGUUCGAGGCUGGUUGGCGUAGCGAUCUUGGCUGUCGGGCUUGGAGGAAGUGGUCUCUUGAUCCGCGCGCCGAGGACGGCGGGAUUCUGGGUCCGGAUGACUGGCUCAAGGCUUGA